AUGUCUCGUGCGUCGUGUGCAUGCCAAGUUUACGAUCCUGUACUGGGAACCUACGUGCCGCGCGCAUCGUCCAGCUCCACCUUCCUCGGCUUAGCGCUGGAGGAGAUCAAAGUCAUGGCCUGCGUCGGAGCCACGGCGGCCGUGUGCUACGGGGCGUGGAGGUACUACAGGUACAAGACCUGCCUGCGCACCUACGGCCGGGACAUGACGGCGGUCACGGCCGGCGAGGCUGACCCGGUGGUCGGCCGCGACGACGAGAUCGACCGCGUCGUCCGCAUCCUCUGCCGCCGGACCAAGAACUGCGCCGCGCUUGUCGGCGCCGCUGGGGUCGGCAAGACGGCCAUCGCCGAGGGCCUCGCGCAGCGCAUCGCCGAGGGGAAGGUGCCCAAGCAGCUCGCCGGCGCACGCCUGGUGGAGGUCGACCUCGCGGCCAUGGUGUCAGGGACCAGUUGGCGUGGCAUGUUCGAGGAGCGCAUGAAGAACGUGAUUAACUCCGCCGAGGCGUCCAACGGCAAGAUCAUCCUCUUCAUCGAUGAGAUGCACACGCUCAUCGGCGCCGGCGACUACCAGCGCCGAAACGACGCCGCCAACAUGCUGAAGCCUGCGUUGGCCCGUGGCCGCAUCCGCUGCGUGGGCGCCACCACGUUCGAUGAGUACCGGAAGCACAUCGAGAAGGACCCCGCCCUCGAGCGGAGGUUCCAGAAGGUGCACGUCGACGAGCCGAGCGAGCAGGCCACCAUUGGCAUCCUCCGUGGUCUAAAGCAGCGCUACGAAGAGCACCAUAGUCUGGAAAUUCAGGAUGCUGCAAUUGUUGCCGCUGCACAGCUCGCUGGCCGUUAUGUCACCGGUCGACAAUUUCCUGACAAGGGAAUUGAUCUCAUUGACGAGGCUUGCACAAGCCUAGAGGGGAGUGAAAUGAUUAUUGGUCCGGAUCACAUUGCACAGGUUGUGAGCCGAUGGACAGGCAUUCCUAUAGCUACACUUGAUCAAGAGGAGAAGGUCAAGUUAGUCCAUUUAGCACACAGAUUGCAUGAGCGAGUAGUUGGACAGUAUGAGGCUGUCAAUUUGGUUGCAGAUGCGGUGUUGUGUUCUAGGGCCGGUCUUGAUCAUCCUGGUCAACCAAUAGGCUCCUUCUUAUUUGUGGGUCCGACUGGUGUUGGAAAGACAGAGCUUGCAAAAGCUCUCGCCGAGCAGCUAUUUGACGACGAGAAGAUGUUGAUUCGCUUUGACAUGUCUGAAUAUGUUAGCCCCGGAUCUGUCCUGCGUCUCAUUGGAGCACCACCAAGCUAUUAUGGCUACGAAGAAGGUGGGCAACUAACUGAGAAAGUUAGGAGACAGCCAUACAGUGUCAUCCUUUUCGAUGAGGUGGAAAAGGCGCACCACUCGGUAUUGAAUGUUUUGCUCCAGCUGCUUGAUGAUGGCGUAUUGACCGAUGGUAAAGGCCGGAAUGUGGAUUUCAAGAACACAGUCAUCAUUAUGACAUCAAAUGUCGGAGCGGAGCACAUAACACCAAGAAUAGCGGGAGAAAACGUGAAGGGAACUGCACGAGACCUUCUCAUGAAACAAGUUCGGGAAUACUUCAAGCCGGAACUUCUCAACAGACUAAGUGAGGUCGUGGUAUUCGAGCCACUUUUGCAGCACGAACUAAAGGAGGUCGUGAGCAUCCAAAUGAAGAGUAUCAUUGCUAGAGUAGCUCGCAAGGACGUCUCUUUGGUUUUUAGCGAUGAUGUGCCGGAAGUUAUUUUGUCAGAGUCAUAUGACCAAAUGUACGGCGCUAGACCCAUAAAGAGGUGGGUGCAGAAGAAUAUCAUGAUAAGUAUCUCCAAGAUGUUGGUCAAAGGAGAAGCUGACAAAGGAUCGACGAUCUUCAUCGACGCUGCCAUUGACUGGAAAGGAUUGGAGUUUCGAGUGGUGAACAAGAACAAUAAUGUAGAUGCAGGGGGCAAGAGGAACACCUAUGAUUGA